GUUACUCCCCUAAUUCCACGUCACGCCCGGAUGAGUCAAGCAGUCAAGUCAAUUCACUGGUUCAGCUAAUAACUUCCAGGUUCCAUACUGACUAGGGGCUUUUGGAUAACACGGACUGCUUUAAGGAAGUGAAAGUACAACAAAUACCGAAAGAAUGUCAUACCCAGGUUAUCCACCCUCAGGAUACCCUCCUUCCUACCCUGGAUACCCUCCUCAGGGAGCUGGAGGUUCUGCCUAUCCACCCCCAGGACAGUAUCCAGGUGCCCCAGGAGCAGGUUACCCCCCGACAGCCCCAAUGGGUGUUGGGGGUGCCUAUCCUCAGGGGCAGCCAGGAGCUGGAUAUCCUGGGUACCCACAAGCCCCCGGCCCAGGAGGGUAUCCAGCCCCCAGUGGAUACCCCCAGCAACCUGCGGCUGGAGGAUAUCCCUCUUACCCCGGAGUGCCGGGAGGCCCAGGGUAUGGAGCCCCUCCAGGAGGCCCAGGGUAUGGAGCCCCUCCAGGAGGCCCUGGGUAUGGCGUUCCCCCUGGAGGCCCUGGGUUUGGCGCUCCCCCUGGAGGCCCUGGGUACGGUGGAUACCCCCAGCCUCCAGGCCAGGCCUAUGGUGGAGGAGGACCAGCCCCUCAGCCAGGUGGAUUUCCUGGUGGACCAAUGCCAGGUCAGCAACCACAGUUAGGAUUUGAAGACACAGGCUUUAUUAGUUGGGAGGAACCCCAAUGGAUUAAUGAUGAGCCACUGCCUGUGGUAGGAAAGCCAGUGUACCAGGGCACUAUAAAGCCCACUCCUGGUUUUAAUGCUGAGGCAGACGCAGCUAUUCUUCGGAAGGCCAUGAAGGGGUUUGGAACGGAUGAGCAAGCCAUUAUUGAUGUUGUAUCUCGUCGUACAAAUGAGGAACGACAGAAAAUCAAGACAAUGUUCAAGACCAUGUAUGGGAAAGAUGUCAUUAAAGAUUUGAAGUCAGAACUGAGUGGGAACAUGGAAGAAGUCAUCCUUGCACUGUUCAUGCCAACUACAUACUAUGAUGCUUGGAGUUUAAGACAUGCAAUGAAGGGAGCUGGGACCCAGGAGAGGGUCCUGAUUGAGAUUCUCUGCACCCGAGAUAAUCAAGAGAUCAGGAAUAUUGUCAAGUGCUACAACUCUGAAUUUGGUCGAGACCUAGAGAAGGAUAUCCGCAAGGACACCAGCGGGCACUUUGAGAGGCUGCUCAUCUCCAUGUGCCAGGGGAACAGGGAUGAAAGUGAUGCAGUCAACCUGCAGAAGGCUCAGGAGGACGCUCAGCGCCUGUUCCAAGCAGGGGAGGGCAAACUGGGGACAGACGAAUCCUCCUUCAACAUGAUUCUGGCUACCCGCAGCUUUCCCCAGCUCAGGGCCACCGUGGAGGCCUAUGGCAGGAUUGGCAAACAUGACUUAAUAACUGCCAUUAAAAAAGAAUUCAGUGGCUAUGUUGAAUCUGGCUUGGUUGCAAUAGUUCAGUGUGCCCAGAAUCGUCCAGCUUUCUUUGCUGAGAGACUAUAUAAGUCAAUGAAGGGAGCAGGCACAGAUGACUCCAGUCUUACCAGGAUCGUUGUAACUCGCAGUGAGAUUGAUCUGGUGCAGAUUAAGGAAGCCUUCAUGCAGAUGUACCAAAAAACCCUAUAUACCAUGGUGGAAGGAGAUACAAGUGGAGACUACAAACGUCUUCUACUGGCAAUUGUUGGUCAAUGAGUAAAAGGCAGCAGAAAACUGUCUGUGUACACGUGUAUCAAUUUAUAUCAAAUGUGUAGCAGACACAGUGAGUAGUAAAAUCAGUUUUCAACAGAAAAGUCUUGAGACAUUGCAAAAGUAUCAUUUACACUGACUGCCUCUUUCUAUUUUUACAUUUUAUUAAAUGAAAGUCAACUUAAAAUAUAUGCAUAUUAUGUAUUUUAGAACCAUUUUCAGCAAUGCACUGACUUUAUUAUUAAGCCAACUUAAAAACCACAACAGAAACGGGUUGGUAUUUGCAUUUCACCAACACAAACAUGUUUUUUGAUAGUGUAAAGUGUCAGUCUGGAAAAAAGUGUCAACAUAGAUUAUUAUUAUUAUAAAUGUAAUUAUCUAUGCAUUCUUCCUAGAUGAGUUUGUUAACCUUAGAGUCUAUGCAUUUACAUAAAACCUGCCUUAACAUAUCCAAGUCUAUAUGAACUUGAUAAAAAAAUGCUCACACCAAAUACAUUAUACAGAAUAGAGUUAGCAGAAAACCUUGUUAAAAAAAUUGCAUGUCUGAUUAUUAAACUGCUCGAUAUACUGUAGCAUGGUUUUUGAGUUCUUGUUCAAUUUCUUGUAACAGAAGAAAUGAAUGUAAUAAAGUCUGACAAUCUUAGUUUUGUGUCUCAAGGUCCUCAAAAGAGAAUUGAAUAUCAUUAAAUUUAAAUUGCAAAACUC